UCUCUCUCGCUCGCUCUCUGCCUCUCUCUCCCUCUCUCUCUCUCUCUCUCUCUCUCUCGAACAGAUCCCCAAUUCCCAAACCCCGAUCCCUUCAAACCGAAAACCCUAGAAACCAAAACCCUAACCCUAGAAACAGAUCUCCAUUUCUCAGGCGGCACGAUCUUCAAUGGCGCUCAAUCUCCGUCAGAAACAAACCAGCUGCAUCGUUCGCAUGCUCAACCUCAACCAUCCCCCAAACCCCGUUGGUGGCACUGUCGUAAAUACCUCCAACUCCGAGGAAGAAGUCUACAAGAUCCUCAUCCUCGACGCGCUCUGCCGCGACAUCCUCUCCCCUCUGAUCCACGUCAAGGACCUCCGAAAGCACGGUGUCACCCUCUAUUUCCUCAUUGACAAGGACCGUCAGAUGAUCCCCGAUGUCCCGGCCGUUUAUUUCGUCCGGCCCACUCCAUCCAACAUCCAACGUAUCAUAUCCGAUGCCUCCCACGCCCUCUACCAGUCCUUCCACCUCAACUUCUCCUCAUCCCUCCCUCGCCCCAUCCUUGAAGAUCUUGCCUCUGGUACGCUUCAAUCUGACUCCAUCCACCGCAUCUCGAAGAUUUAUGAUCAGUACUUAGAAUUCAUUACGUUGGAAGACAACAUGUUCUCGCUUGCCCAGCGGGCCACAUAUGUCCAAUUGAACGAUCCGUCAGCUGGGGACCGCGAGAUUGAAGAGAUCAUAGAGAAGAUUGUGGGCGGGUUGUUUUGUGUACUGGCCACACUUGCAGUCGUGCCAGUAAUUCGGUGUGCGCGUGGUGGGCCGGCUGAGAUGGUCGCUUCCGCGCUUGAUUUGCGGCUGCGUGACCAUCUGAUAUCGAAGAACAACCUGUUCUCGGAGGGCGGGAACUUGGGUAGCUCUUUUCAACGGCCGAUCUUAUGUAUUUUCGAUCGGAAUUUUGAGCUUUCGGUUGGCAUUCAGCAUGAUUGGAGUUAUCGCCCACUUGUGCAUGAUGUUCUCGGGUUGAAGCUGAACAGGGUGAGUGUUCGGGAGGAGAAGGGUGCUGUCAAAUCAUACGAAUUGGAUGAUUCGGAUCCGUUCUGGUCUGCCAAUGGAUCGUCACCCUUCCCAAAGGUUGCGGAAGAGAUUGAGGCUCAGUUGAGUAAAUAUAAGCAGGAUGUUGAUGAGGUAAACCGUCGGACGGGUGGUAAAGAUGUGAGUGAAUUUGACGGCCAGGAUUUGAUUGGGAACACAAAGCAUCUGAUGAGUGCAGUGAAUUCACUGCCAGAGCUCACUGAGCGGAAGAAGGUGAUCGACAAGCACACGAACAUUGCAACUGUCUUGUUAGGUGAGAUCAAGGAGAGAGCAUUGGAUUCAUAUUAUAAUGUUGAAAAUGAUAUGCUGACGAGAGGGAGUAUUGAUCGGACUGCCCUGCUCGGAGCCCUCAAAGGGAAAGGGACAAAAGUCGAUAAGCUGCGGCUCGCAAUCAUUUGUCUCCUUUCAGCAGAGGUGCUGCCACAGUCGGAGCUGGAAGCUGUGGAGGCAGUGUUGCGGGAGUCUGAGGUGGACACAUGUGCAUUUCAAUAUGUAAAGAAAAUAAAAUCAUUGAAUGUGUCAUUGGCAAAUUCAGCAAACUCAGCAAGCAAGAGCAACAUUGUAGAUUGGGCCGAGAAGCUCUACGGACAAUCGAUCAGUGCUGUGACGGCAGGUAUGAAGAAUCUAUUGUCAGGUGGGAGACAGCUGGCACUGACAAGGACUGUAGAAGCACUGAUGGAAGGGAGGCCAAACCCAGAGGUGGAUUCAUACCUUGUGUUUGAUCCACGUGCACCGAAGUCAAGCUCUGGGGCAGGCAGCAACCAUUUGAAAGGGCCAUUCAAGGAAGCCAUUGUGUUCAUGAUUGGUGGUGGGAAUUAUGUGGAGUACGGUGGCUUGCAGGAGCUGGCUCAACGUCAGCAGCCAGCGAAGCAUGUCAUAUAUGGGACCACAGAGGUUCUCACUGGGGUGGAGUUUGUCGAUCAGCUGACACUUUUGGGGCAGAAGAUGGGAUUAGGCAGCAGUAAUGUUGUUGCUGCAUCCCAAUAAUGAGUGCAAUUCAUGUUAUUUUUUUUCCUCCUCUCGUCGAGAAGGCUGCUGGAUAGCUACUUGUCUUUGAAGUUUGCUGUAAUUGUGCUUGCAUGGAAAUGGGUGUGAUCGCGAUGGUUGCCAUUACUCGGAGUGGUUUUUGUGUUUGAAUCUGGUAAUGCGGGAGGCAACGGUGAGUUUGGCAUAUGUUUUGCGGGGCUCUUUUGAGGUGGGCCAUGGUAUUUUUAGAUGAAGAGACCAAGAAGACCUUUAAGAUGCGAGAUUGGUACCCCAUGUUCAUGUGAGUUGGAUAUGACUUCUACCUUGUACCUUCUGUUUCUUUUCUAUUUUUUCCCUCUUAUGUUAUAUUGCAAGCUUAACUUCUAGAAGUGAAAUUUCAGUUCCAUUCACAUACUAAAAUCUGAAGUACUCUUGAAUUGUCAACCCGCAUUAUGGAUUUGUUCAUUGGAGAUCAUAAAGAAGUAUAAUUAGUGAUUCAUCCA